CCCUGUGCUUGCCUUUCGGGGGCCGGGGGGGGUGGUAACCCCGGGAACGGACACUUAUUUCCCCGUCUCUCCUUGCCGCCCCACUGACGGCACUCGCGGCAAGGGCCUGCCCACUGGAAGGAGGUUUUUCCUGUCGCUAAUGGAGACCGUCAGUCACCCAUCGACAUCAAAACUGAGGAAACCAAGUAUGAUCCCUCUCUCCGUCCUCUAAAUCCAAAUUAUGAUCCCGCUUCUGCUAAAAUCAUCCUUAACAACGGGCAUUCCACCAGUGUUGAGUUUGAUGACACCGUCAACAAAUCAGGUUCAUUCCAACCGAAUCGCUCAAGUCUCUUAUCUUGACUUUAGCUGCAGGUUUGGUUAUAUAUUUUUUCCCUUUUUUAGAAUCCGUACCUGGACUUUUUGUGUCAGGAAAGAGCCAAUACAGAACAAAUGAAAUAUACCCCACGUGAUCCUUUUCUUCUCUAAAAAGUGUUAUUGUCCCAGUCUUUUCUAGGGGUAUGUAGCUUCCAUUUUUGCAAGCGAUAAUUCUUAUUUGGAAGUUCUCUGGUUUAGCAUAGUCUUUGUAAUGUUAGUGCCUUCAUCUUUAAUACCUUCUCUUAGAUGGUAGGCAAGCUAGCACACCUCCCCUUGGAACUGUAGGAGUUUAGAUUCUUCAAGCAAUAAAAUCCUCUUGUGGUUUCACGAGGCUUAGCUGAGGAUCCAAGCCCAUGUGAUGCUUCCACAAGGGUCAAAGCCAGAGGAGGACUGAUUUGUGAUCACCCUGUCCGUUAGUCCUGAGGACGUAUUAUCUUAUGGUGGCAACAGGGAGAGACAUAGAUGGAGACAGCAUCAUACUUUGCUUUCCUGGACUGUCUUAGUUUAAUUCUUAAAUUUCCUGUCGAUACAAGCAACAUUGGAUGUUGCCUGAAAGCCAUCAGCUGACCGCCAGUGAUCUGGUCUGACCUCACAUGUGUCAGAUGCCACGGGACUUCCCAGAAUUAAUCUCUGCCUCAAGCCUAGGAGGCGUGGGUGAACUAAAGCACAUCUCUUAGAAAAACAUAGAAUCUUGUUUUCAAAAUUUCCAGCGAUGAUGAACCUACUACAGCCUUUGGUCAUUGAUCAAAAAAUACUGAAUUUUCUAGGGCCAAAAUUUGGCCUCUGGGGCACCCAUGUGAAUGCUGACCGGGGGGCCGCUCAGCGGGACCUACAGACUGCGCCAGAUUCACUUCCAUUGGGGGUCCAACGACGAAGCCGGCUCCGAGCACGCGGUGGAUGGGAUGAAGUACGCAGCAGAGCUUCACGUGGUCCACUGGAACUCAGAAAAGUAUUCCAGUUUUGUUGAGGCAGCUCGUCAGUCAGAUGGAUUAGCAGUCAUGGCCGUAUUUCUGAAGAUUGGUGAAUGCAACCCUCAGCUGAAGAAGAUUACGGACCGCUUGGACACCAUCAGAAUCAAGGGCAAAAGAGCACUAUUCACAAACUUUGAUCCUAGCUGUCUGCUUCCCAAGUCCCUGGACUACUGGACGUACUUCGGCUCUCUCACUGUUCCACCUCUACUUGAGAGUGUCAUCUGGAUUGUUCUGAGAGAGCCCAUAAGUGUCUGUUCUGAACAGCUAGCCAAAUUCCGCAGCCUCCUGAGCACUGCUGAGGAUGAGGUCGCCUGCUGCUUGCUGAGAAACUACCGGCCUCCGCAGCCUUUAAAGGGACGAGAAGUCAGAAGGAAUUAAAGGAGUAAAGCCAGAGUAGUCUCCCUCUGAAACCAAAGGCUGAAUUAAUUUUAAUAGUUAAUGUACUUUGUGAUUUUUUUUUUAAUUUUUUUUGUGAGUUGUGAUAACAAGUGGGUGGUGUUUUAUUAUUGGUUACUAUGCAGUCGUUUCUUACAGACAAGUGUGUCCCGAGUUGUUGCAGGUUCAUUGAUGUUAACAGGUCUGACUGUGUUUGAAUGCGUUGGUUUGGGAGCGUUGAGGCGUUGGUGUUGCACGCACAGAGGGCACUGCUAAUCAUAAGGGUCAGAUGUGGUGAAGGAGUUGUCCAGAAUUUGCCACUAAAUUACUGAACAGGAUCCCCGAUAUUAAUGGCAGUAAAGGACGUUCUGGGAUUGUUCUCCUGGUCUCUAACAUAAUACUUAGCUUCUAUUACUUCACACUGUAAUUCUCAAGAAAAAAAAUAUUUUCACGGCUGAUAUAAUUUCAUUGCUACUGCUGCAAUACCAUGCUUACCUAGGACAACAGGGGAGGUUUAGAUUGGACAUUAGGAAAAAUUUCUUCACUGAAAGGGUUAUCAAACAUUGGAACAGGCUGCCCAGGGAAGUGGUGGAGUCUCCAUCCCUGGAGUCAGUUAAAAGAUGGGUAGACGUGGUGCUGAGGGACAUGGUUUAGUGGUAGUUUCUUCAGUGAUAGAAUGAUGGUGGGGCUUGAUGAUCUUACAGGUCCCUUCCAACCUAUUCUAGUCUAGCCUAGUCUAGUCUAUUCCUACCAAAAGCAAUAAAGCAGUAAUGACUAACAGCAUUAAAGUAAAACAGGUAUAUGAUCCUGUUGUUCCACCUGCUUCGUAGUAGUAAUGACAUACUGAUCGAUAUUUUUUUAAAAAGCAAAUAGUAAGGAUUUUGUAUAUUAUGGGAUCAUGUCAGGUGGAUUAGGUAUUCCUGAAUUCCACCAGGUAUACUGAUGAAACUGUCCUGAAACCUGAAACCUGACAGGUGGAAGGGCAUAGAGGGAGCUGUUCAUUCACGCCUAAACUCAGUCUGUUGCAUUUGGUGAACGAUAAGGGACUGUAGCGCUAUAUCCGUGCAGCAUCAGACUCCCACUGCUCAAAAUCAUGAGGCAGGAGUAGCAGUUGCUCCAGACUGUUUCGUACUAGAGACGUGUCAUGCUGCAGUGGGAGACACACGUUGCACACCUCACCUCUCGCAGUAGAGCACAGCACUACGCAGGUAUGUAAUGUCUCCCAGGUACUGGCUGAAGUUCCGCCGUCAUCGCUGGACUUGGGUGGUUGCACUUACAUUCCAAGACCAAAGAUAGCAUUUAUAGCUAAAGCCAAAGAAAUAAGAAUCAAGUCAAUAUCUAAUUAAAGAUCGGCCCUCAAUAGCGGUGUGUUUAAAUGUCUGUCUUUAGGAAUUGACUUGAGCCUGUGUUCCUCUCAAGAGCUUUUGUUAUCUGAAUGUAAUUGUUUGUUUUAUGCCAAAUUUAUUUUUGAUAUUUUUAAUGAACUUCCUGUAGGGUGUAGCUUAGUAUAGGAUUAGAUUUACCCUCAGACUCUGAGAACCACAAGUGAAAACCAGUGAUACCUGAAAGAGGCAGCUAGAGGUUUCCUGGGCAGUGAGUACUACCAGUCUCUGUAGUACUUCUGACCAAACUCAUCUUCCACAAUUACAAUGAAUUUGCUUUUUCAUGGGUGUUAUAGGCUGUGCUUCUUGCCUCAAUGGAUCUUUUGUUCUUAUAUGGACAAAUAUGAGGGAAAUAGCAAACAGGAUUGACUUUAUAUACCUUCUUAUAAUUGAAUAAAUUAGACAUAGAGACAUAGAUACUUUAGCUUCGUUUAAGAUAGGUGGAUUUUUUUGUUUUCUCCUCCCCAGAAUACAGCUACUAUCGCUGCAAGGCCUCUCAGUGCCUUCUGAAUGUUUUCUGAAGGAUAGAACACAAACAGACCAUGGAAGAAAUAAAAGACACUUGGCAGCGGCAGCAGGUACAAGUAUUAACCAAAGGGAAAAAACCUGCAAGCACUUUUUGUUUUCUGGCAUAGGGAGAAGAAUGCAGCUGGAAAGACCUCAGGCUGGUUCGUUCUGAAUGAGGACGCCUGGAAAGUGUGCAUGGAGAGAGUGAGAGUGUGCUGCGUGUUUUCACACCUUUUUUUAGACUUAGUGUUGGAUCUGAUAUGUUUCCCUGUCAUGGGAGUAGCUGCAGAACAUGAACAAAAUGUUUACAAAUUGCACGAAGGCUAUAAAUGUCUGUUUGCCUGAGAAGAGAAAGUAAUAAGGCUUCAUGUCAGAGACAAAAGUUUUAUGUAUUUUUUACAUACUUAAAACAGUGAAGUUGAUCAAGUGCUUUGAUAUUUAUAAGGAUUUUAUCAAAAUAAAAAAAUGGACUUUA